AUGCUCGACGUAGAGGAUUUCGACGCUGUAUUCCAAGGCCUCAACUACAGCGAUGGCAUUGUCCAGCAGAUUCAAGAGAAUCAACACGCACUCGGCGGUCGCACCUUCUUUGAGCGGCUCAUAGAGCUUCUCAAGAUCCCAGGAAGGAAGAUCUACCCGCCCAAAACGCCACAACAACUACACGACCUCCACCAGCGCAUUAUAUCCUCAAAUACUACAUUACACAACAAGCAUUGUCUAAUCUUCUACCUCCUCAAAGACUUGUCGCGUCUACAACACGAUACCACCGAACUCUCCACAGGCUUUGCGCGCGAUGUACACCUUGAAAAGCGGUUUUGGACAUUCAUCGAAGGACUAUGGGCACUCGACCACCUCGACUUCGCCAUCGCAGUCGGCAAUCUCACACACCCGAGCAUCAUACCGACAUUCCCCGACGAGAUCAUGCUUACCCUUCUGAAGGGCAGGGAGAAGCUGGUUAGCAUAGGCGGGCCGGGGAGUUCCCACGACGACAUACUCCCGUUAGCCUACUACAACUGCGUGAAGCCGCCGCUGGAGAACGACAAAGUCAGAAACGAGUUCGCAAAGUACCUCUCUGGACGUAACAUCACCGAGACAUAUUAUUGGAUUCACGGGCGACCAGAGUAUGAGCAUAAGCCCCUUCUCGAGGUCUUGAUCGAGCAGACGCUUGAUAAGAAUGCUUGGUCGAGCGGACCGGGUGACGAAGUGUAUAGCCGGGAAGAGAAGGCCGUGGAACUUGUCAGCUUGCCAUUCACUGAGGAUGAAGAGGACUUUAUUGAGAAGUUCUUGACGGAGGGUAGGGGCAGGGUGUUCCAGGGCGCGCAGGAUACGGUGAUGAUGCGCAGAUUUGCCAUGGGGAGAUUGUCCGAUGUUGCGGGCGAGAAGGGAACGCGUGGUCGGAGAAUUGAUGGUGUCACCUGGGAGAUGCUGCAGGAUGGUGUCAAGAGAGGGUUGGGCCCGAGGAAGGAUGAGGAGGGUUUCGUUGUCUGA